GUAUCCUUUAUCUCUCUAUUCUAAGUUUUCUUUAAAAAAAGAUGUCUUUAGCACAAUGGCGACAAUUCAACUUUUUUGAUAAACAGCAAACAACUGAUCCAAUUGAAAAAGGAAAGACACCUGCUGUAUUUCAGAAAACCGACAUUUCAGUAUUUGCAACAGGUCGAGGACAUAUUGUUUUAGCGGACUCCAAGGGCAAUGUAUAUAUCGUUGAUCGUUCUUUCAAGACACAAAUGUUUAUUGCGUAUGAUGGAGGUCGAGUAACUCAUUUAAAGCAACUGAAGCAAAAGAAUAUUCUUGUAACAGUGGGCGAGGAAGAUGUGGUAUCGGGAAUUCCUGUGGUGAAAUUUUGGGAUUUGGAUGCUUUGAAACCAACAGAAGGCAGCGAUGAUAUCAUUGUACCCACCUUACUUCGCACCGUCAAAAUCCAACACGGUGGUAAAACAUGGCCUGUUACAACCUUUGCCAUCUUGGAAAAUAUGUCGCAAGCAGCGAUCGGGUUAGCCAACGGUGUAGUCAUCUUAAUUCGCGGUGAUUUAUCCAAGGAUAAGACGACCAAGCAGAAGGUUAUUUAUGAGGGCCAGGAGCCAAUCACGGGUCUUGGAUUUCGUGAGCAGACAAAGUCUACCAUUUUAUUUAUUGUCACCACAAGUAGCAUCAUGUCUUAUAACACCACUGCAGUCAAGCCAGCCAUUACAAUUUUGGAUGAACAGGGUUGCGGCCUUGGUUGCGCUGUGAUGAAUGAUGCCCAAGAAAUGGUGGUAGGUCGAGAUGAAGCUAUUUAUCUAUACGAUCCCACAGGACGUGGUCCCUGUUUUGCUUACGAGACUCCUAAAUCCUCCUUGACAUGGUUUAAAUCCAGUUACCUUGUCAUUGUAUCCCCUCCUGUCACUACAUCUACACACCUGUCUAGUGGAGCGCGUGCAUCCCUCAGUUUCAACCCUAAACGUACAUCGACCAGCGAAUUGACAAAAAUUGCAAUUUUUGACACAGCCAACAAAUUUGUAGCGUAUGUAGGUACAUUUUUAGGCGGUAUUCGAGGCAUUUUUUGUGAAUGGAACUCAAUUUGGAUCGUGGGCAUGGAUGGAAAGUUGUAUCAUUUGGAUGAAAAGGACACACCGACAAAGUUAGAGAUUUUGUUCAAGUUAAACUUGUAUGUGUUGGCAAUCAAUUUGGCUCAUAUGCAGAAAUACGAUGAUGCCAGUAUUGCCGAGAUCUUUAAAAAGUACGGUGAUUAUUUAUACAACAAGGGGGAUUACGAUGGGUCGAUGGAGCAAUACAUUCGAACCAUUGGUCAGCUUGAACCAUCCUAUGUCAUCCGAAAGUUUUUGGAUGCCCAACGAAUUUAUAAUUUGACAAAUUACUUGCAAGAAUUACACUCCAAAGGAUUAGCUAAUGCAGACCAUACAACACUUUUAUUGAACUGUUACACUAAACUCAAAGACGUGUCUCGACUUGAUCAAUUUAUCAAGACGGAUACGGACUUGAAUUUCGACUUGGAAACAGCCAUCAGUGUAUGCCGUCAAGCAGGUUAUUUUGAACAUGCAGUCUAUUUAGCAGAGAAAUUUCAGGAACACGAUAUGUACCUUGAUAUCGUGAUUGAAGAUACCAAAAAAUACGAUACAGCUUUAGCAUACAUCAAAAAAUUGGGGCCUUAUGAAGCCGAUCGUAACCUACAGAAAUACAGCAAAACCCUAUUAACACAUUUACCUCACGAAACUACCCAUCUAUUGAUUGAAUUAUGUACUGGUACGCUUCCUUUAGCUACCGUGAAUAGUCAUACAGCUGUAUUGGGUGGUGGGCCUAAAUCACCUACACCUAGUGAUACCAAUAACAAAGCACUUUCCAACCUCCCUUUUGUCGGUGGCGGUACAGAGACAGCUUCAAUUUUCUCCUCGGAUGGAAGUAGUGGACCUACACUUCACAACACAACACCAAACUUGAGUAAGAUGGCCCAAACAAGAAACGCAUCCUCAGGUCGACUUAGCUAUCAACCCCCUUCACCUCGUAAAUUUAUGCCAGCAUUCGUGGAUCGACCCGAUUGCCUAACUACAUUUUUGGAAGCGGUGUUUGACACGUUAUGGGGUCAUCCUAGUACACCAUCCCCCACGUCUGAGACGACACUUUCACCUUCUAUCAAGACGGGUGAAACCAAGACGGGAGAAAAAACGUAUUCGAUAGGGGAACAAGAAGAACGCAAGACGAUUUGGAACACCUUAUUGGAAUUGUACCUGAUGGAUGAUAUGGAAUCCACCAAGGAGCCAACCAAUCCUCGAGAACGACAAAAACGAAAGCGAGAAUUCCGACAAAAGGCACUCAGCCUGUUACACGAUGAAACUGUACAAUACGAUACCAAUCAAGCAUUUGUCUUGUGCCAAUUGAAACAGUUUGAUGAAGGUAUUGUGUACCUGUAUGAAAAAACCGGCAUGUAUGCAGAUAUCUUGAGAUUUUGGAUGGAAAAGGGUGGAACCGAUCGUGUCAUUGAAGGCGUGCGACGUUAUGGACCCAAGGACCCUUCGUUGUACCCUAUGGUAUUAACCUACUUUUCUUCAACACCUGAAGUCAUGGCUAAAUCUACACAAGAACUACUUUCGGUGAUGAAGCAUAUUAAUGAUAAAGACUUGUUACCUCCUAUUCAAGUGGUGCAGGCCUUGAGUAGGUCCAAUGUUGCUACCAUUGGUUUGUUAAAGGGUUACAUUGGUAAAAAAAUUGAGCAUGAGCGUCAAGAAUUAAAGUUAAACGAGGAGUUGAUUGCAAAUUAUCGCGAAGAAACCGAUAAACGAAGAAAAGAGAUUGAAGAGUUACAGACUAGCGCUCGAAUCUUUCAAGUUCAGAAAUGUACAAUGUGUGAAGGGACGCUUGAUCUUCCAGCCGUCCACUUUUUAUGUCGACAUUCAUUCCAUCAAAGAUGUUUGGGCGAUAAUGAUAGAGAAUGUCCUCAGUGCGCUAUUCAACAUCGCAUGAUUAGUGAGAUUAGAAGAACACAAGAAGCGAAUGCAGAUAGCCAUGAUUUAUUCUUUGACCAAUUGGAUCAUGAAGAUGAUGGCUUUGAAGUCAUUGCAGAUUACUUUUCCAAAAAUACCAUGGCCUUUGCCAAAUUGAUCGAUUAAACUUUUUUUUUUUAAUAUUUUUAAAUAUAUUCGUUUGGAAAGAUACACCACAAAGUAGGGGGUUUCCAUAUAUGAUGUCUUUCUU